AGCACAUUCUAGGCUUCACCUUGACCAACACCCACACCUUCCUUACACCACCAUCAACCCGCCAACCACCUACCUUGAGAAGACUCCAUACCAUUUUGAGGGGCUCGCUCCGACGAAUCUACCGUUACUCCAACACCUUCCCACUCAGUCCUUCGUUCACGAUGUCUCCCGCCCAGCUCGUCGAGAGCUCUCAGAUGGUCGACAGCCCUCAAGAGAAGUCCGAAGAGGAUGCGAUCCUCCCAGACCACGAGGACGACUUUCACCUCCAGUACAUGCGUGCCGCUCUGGAAAUGGCCGAGAAUGCGCUACGCGGAGAUGAGGUCCCUGUCGGCUGCGUGUUUGUGCGUAAUGGAGAGAUCAUUGGUCGCGGAAUGAACGAUACAAACCGCUCGCUUUGUGGCACCCGUCACGCCGAGUUUAUCGCUAUCGAAUCGAUCCUUCGCACCUCGCCCCCCGAGAUCUUCGCCGACACCGACCUCUAUGUGACUGUCGAGCCGUGCGUCAUGUGCGCUUCUGCACUUCGCCAGCUCCACAUCCGUCGUGUUUUCUUUGGAUGCCUUAACGACCGCUUCGGUGGAUGUGGUGGCGUCCUCCACAUUCACGAAGGAAAGGGUGUCGAUCCCAAGUAUCCGAUCCACGGCGGAAUCAACCACGACGAGGCUAUCAUGCUUCUUCGCCGUUUCUACAUCCAGGAGAAUGAACGCGCCCCUCAACCCCUGGCAAAGAAGUCACGUACUCUGAAGACGGAGGUGGCCCCGUUUGGCGAAGGUAUUCCCAGGGAUCGCGAUUGCCGCAGCAAGAAGCGUGAGAUGGUCCGUGUUGUCGAGAACACGCCGCUGCCGCCUAUGAUCGAGGGCGAGGAUGUCAUCAUGACGGAGUAGCACCUUUACCGAGCGAAACAGUAAAUGGAUGGCAUGAGUGAUGGGGUUGGAUAGGCGUUUGGCUUCACAUUUGCAUUACUUGGAUACUUACCUGUUUACUGCAUUUUCAUUUUCCUCUAGUGCUAAGUGGCCCGACGGGCUAUUGCGGGGCGUGUUACGGUUUUGUUUUUUGUUUUCUUCGGGUUGUAUAGGGUUGCACAGCGUUAGAUGAGAGGUGUGCUGUUCGGAGGGCGUUUGGUUUUGUUUGCUUGAGUACUGCCCAAUUCUAAAUUGAAUUGCCUCACUGCGUA